GUCAGGCAGAGGGACCAAGAGGGGGCAAUGGCGACCGUGCAGUGCUGUAAAUGCACGGCCGAAAGGAAAGGGUUUCGGCGGGAACUUGAUUCUUGGCGACACAAAUUGAUACACUGCGUUGGGUUUGAAAGCAUUCUGGAGGGAUUUUAUGGCCCACUACUGCUGAGAGACCUCAAUUUAUUUGAUGACUGUGAACCUGAAGAGGUGGAUGACUGGUCCCCAGAAGCAAGCUGCUCUCAAUGUUCAUUCUGCAACCUUCCCUUGGACAAACUCAGUGAUCAAGUACCCGCAGCCACGUCGCCCCUCUCCUCCCCCUCUGAUUACUCUCCCUGUCAAGCUCCAAUCAUCUCUGAGAGCAGCCAAUCAGCACACCGGUUCCUCCAGGCUGUGUUCCACAAGAAAGAUAUUCCCCUUGGCUGUGAUUCCAACAUCCCUCUGGUUGCUCAGGAGCUGAUGAAGAAGAUGAUACAUCAGUUUGCCUUGGAGUACGCAUCCAAGUGCCUACUCCACACCAGUACAAAUGGUGUUACAACAAGGACCUCAUCACCUCUGUCAGAAACAUCAGAUGCCCCUCUGGACCUCACAGUGAGCCGAACCCAGGAGGAGAAAGAGAGUGAAAGUGAACCAGAUGGCGUGCUCGACCUCUCCAACAGGAACUCUGCCUGCUCAGCAACUUCAUCAAAAUCCUCAUCUAAUCACAGAGCCUCAGGCCCCCUGCUGCAAUCAUUUACAGAAAAAUUGGGAGAUCUGGGACAGCGAGGGACUAAGUGUCAUCAGAGCUCUGCGUUGGAUGUCGUUUUCAGCUCACUCUGCCCAUCACACCGUUCCUUACUCUACCAGAUCCUGAAGCUGGCACACGAGGAAAAAUUGCUGUUGCUCCCUAAUCACAGACCUGUUGAUCAAAUUGAAUCUCAUUGCUGUCACUGUGGUGUAAACCCACAGGAUAAUGUUACCCCUAAUGCAGUCCCAUUUAGUGAAUGUAAAGUCCAUAACAGCUGCCCAUACUACCCUUUAACUGAUUGUGAUCAUCAAGGUCAUAGCAGCACAAUGUAUAGUCCAGGAGACUCCAAGUCCAAUUGUAGUAUCCAUCACUACCCUUUAACAGACCGUAAAAGUGAAGCUCCACAGGACUCCAGCUACUGCUCUUUGCAGAGUUCCAAGAGCGAAACAUGCCCUGUUCUCUUUCCCAAGAGGCUGCACUGCAUUUCCUGCCAAAGCCUGGCUGUAGGUCGAAUCAAGAACACAGUGUGUUCAUUUGUAUCCUCUCCCUCGUCACCUAAACCCCCUUCACUGUGCACUCCCUCUUCUAGUUUAUGCCCUUCCUCAUCGAUCUGCUGUAACCAGCACAACCCCCACUCCCGUCACUGUUAUUCUAACCAUGCCUGUCUGACACAGGUCAGGAACAUAACAGAAACAGGGGUUGGAGAUGGGGAUCCUCCUUGUCCUGUCCUGAAGAGAGAGCAGAGCCCCUCUCCUCCCCCUCUGUCCCCUAUACCUUCAGACAUAAAUAAGAAAAGUGAUGAAAAGCCACCCUCCCUCCUUCACCAUGGACAAGAGGAGGAAGCUGACUUAAUGGUUAAAGAUGGCCUUGUGAAUGGAAUCCACCAGGAAACAGAUCUGGAAAAGGAGCAAGAGUGUAAGACCCUAAGAAGUAGUCAGGCUGAGCAAAACCCAAGUGGGACUUCACUGCAAGAUGUCAUGGAUCGCUUCUGUGAGAAACUGGAGACAAUCAGACCUAUAGAGAAAGACCCACCUUCGGUUUCCACAGCUAUUUAUGUCUCUGAAAAGGAGCAGCCACAGUCUCCCUUAACCAGUCAGAACGUGCAGUUUCACGCUGAUUCUCAGCUGACUGAAAUCAUCACCACAGUGCUUCAUACAGGCAGUGCUAGUGACUACAAUCUCAGUGAGCUGUUCAAUCGCCAUGAUAGCAAAGAGCCCAAGUCACCAAAUACCCGCCUCCGUCGUCGCCAAGAAGUCCUUGCUGCUAUUGCAACACCCACUGAUGAUGCUUCAACCAGAAGGCAAACUUUAAAAAUUAAAAGAGACCUUGCCAUGUUUGACCAGUCCUACAGUAAGAGAAAGGUGCCACUAUCAAAGAGGGCACGAUUGAAAGAUGGAAAAGCUACUGUAACUACAUCAAACACUUCAUCAGAUUCAAACCUAGUUAAAGAGGAGUCUAAAAGAGAAAUGGAGGCAGAUGUGGAACCUGUAGAAAAGUAUAGAAUUAGGGAGGGACCACUGAACAUUCUCACUGCAGAAGGUAACAGGAAUGAAGUAAAAGAAGAGAUAGAGACCGUUACAGUUACAGAAGUUCAGAUCAUUAAAGCAGAGGAGAAAGAAACUGAGAUAUCCAGUGAGGAAAAAGAUCUUACUCUCUCAGCCACUCAAAUACCCAACCCUGAGCUGCAGUGCAAGUAUGGAAACCAAGGCACAAACAGUGACUGUGUACAAACAAAGGUGAUGACAGUGACUGCAACCUCAGCAAAACAGCAUUGCAGGCCCUGUGAAGAAGAUGGUAUAGGCAGGGAUGCUGGAAGUAAUGCAGACCAUGAAGAAGUCCCAUCAGCUCAACAUUCUGACAGUAGACCAGAUUGCCAUUGUCCUGUUAGAGAGAAACAGAAAUGUCAAUCACACCACUCCAAUGAAGGAAGGAGAUCCAGGAGAAAUAUUGUCCCUCCACAGCGGUUCUCCUCUUAUGUCACAGAGCCUAGGAAGAUGUUCUUUGCUGCAUGUUUCUCUGAAAGCAUCUUUAAUCAGAAAACACAAAAGGAAAAGGCAUCAACAUCCAGCACCCCAGAUGCCUUAUCUAAAGAUCCAGGUGCCGUGGACACCCAGCUAGAAUCAAGGUCUUUAGAUAAGGCAUCAACAUGUAGCACCCAGGAUGCCUUAUCUAGACAUCCUGAUGCUAAGGACACCCAGCUUGAAUCAAGAAAUAAAACCCAUCUGUCAUUACCUGAGCACACAUGCAAACCCUCCUUUGAAUCAAUGCAUAGAGAACAAUGUGGCUCAACUACUCAAGAGUCAAACAAUGUCCUUCCACAAACUGUGGUUGCCAAAGAGAAGAGUCCUAAAAAACACAAGGAUAAUGGGACAGAUGACAGUGACUGUGGUGCCAAACCUUUUGGAAGACUACGAUCAUCUCCAAAAAGACUACAGGACUUAAAGACAUCUUCAAGAACUCCCCAAAACACAUCAAAUAUCGAUGUCAUCAUUAAGUCUGCUAGCUGUGUUGAGAGCCCACCCAGCUCCCAAGCUCAGUACACUAGUCCAAUUAAACUCAUGUUUGUAUCACCAGUAAAGGAUUCGGAAGGAGUCAGAUAUAGUCUCAAAUCAGCAGGUGCAGGUUCUAGUGGACAAGCAGUGGAACCCUUUGACCCAUGUGAAGAGUCUUCAUGGUCAGGGACACUUCAGAAACACAAAAGCCAGAGCCCUGAGUCUGUUACUUCACGAGUAAAAUCUAUUUCUUCACCACUAAAGUCCGCUACCUCACCUGCAAAAUCAGCUUUUUCACCAUCUAAGUCAGCUUCUUCGCCAGCCAAGUCAGCUUCUUCGCCAGCCAAGUCAGCUUCUUCGCCAAGCAAGUCUUCUUCACCAGCAAAGUCUGCCUCUUCACCCAAGUCAGCGUCCUCAUCACCCAAAACAUGUUCCAGAAGGUCAGGUGAAGGUACUCCAACAAAGCGUAUAGCUGGAACUGAGUGCCAGAGAUCACCAGGUGACUCACUAUCUUUUCAUGAAACCACUCCUCCAAAAAGACGACCAGGUCGGCCAAAGAAGCUGGGACCGCAGCUGGAGCAAAAAGUCAAGAGGCCAAUUGGUCGACCACCCAAGCCGAAGGCUGUUGAUUCAGUAAUAGGGACAAAAACGGUAAAUGGAAAGUCUGAUUUACCAUCUGACGUUAAGGAGAAUGUAAACAAGAACCUCAAAAUAACAGUGGUGUAUGGUCGUUCAAGGAGAAAUAAACGAACUGUGUCUGAGGGCUUUGAACAGCUGCAAACAGAAUUCCAUCAUGCUUGGCAAGCAGUACGCCUUAAAAGUGACUUGGGCAUGAACAGGGCAUUAAUGCACAACUCUAACAUCAGCUCAGGUAGUGUCAAAACAACUUCAACAGAAUUGUCAAAAGAAUCAAAUUUUGUCUCCCCUUUGAAAGAGUCUACCCCUCAAUCUAGCAGUAACAUCAAAUGUCAGAAGCGGGAUGAUUCUGUACCCUCAAGGAAACCAGGUAGACCUGCAAAAGUUAAAAUCUCUGGUAUCUCAGUUACAGUAACCACAGUAUCACCUCGACAGCGUAAAAUUCAGAUAAAUAAGGAUACUCGGCAGUCUCCUGAAUCGCUAAUUCGUAAGAAAAAACUUCUACCAGAAUUCAAAACUGCCAAAGAGCCCUGGACAAUCAGCUGUCAAUCAACAAGCAAAAGCAGUCCAACUGAGGAAGGGAUAGAAACAAAGGAUGAAAGUAAAGACAAACUGCAAAAUCAGCCUGUAGCAGUGCGUCACUCAAUGAGAGUGAGAAAGCCCUCAAUUCACUUUCUACACGCUGUUGCCACCUCAGCUGCUCUGCUACGGCGCUCUAAAAAACUUCUGCUAAACAAGGCCAGCAAUGAAAGGAGACAGGCGGGACAACAGAUUAAUGUAGAAACUUUAGGGGAGAAAAGACAGCUCUGUGGACAAGAGAGGAAGAACAUCUCUCAGGACCUGAGCAAAGUGGCAGAGGUGUCUGUAGACUCCAUCUUUACCCCAAAAGAGACGCUAAGGUGGUGGGCAGCAUCAGCCCAGGGCAAGACUAUGAACCAGGAACUUGCCAGGCGAAUACGACUCAUCUCUGACACCUGGGUCUCAGACACUGUGGAGAAUCAAGAGAAAGAAAUUGCCUUUAAUUCUAAACUAGGCACCAAAAGUAACAGGAAGUCAAAACAUUCCUCUGUGGUUCGAACGCUUUUCGACUGUUCUCCCAACAAACCAAGGUCCUGUAGCAUGCAACAGCUCUGCUCCUGGUUUAUGCAGACCACGGAGACUCAGUCUCUGGCUAUUGUCAAGAAAGCAAGCUCCCGUAACCCUUACGAACUCAUGCACUUCCCCCGUACGACCAAUAAAAAAAGUGUCUGCCACAGUCCUCAGGCAGAGCGACUCCGAAAACACAUCAAGAAAUUUGCCAAAACUGUGCCAAAGAGUCCUCUGCAACACCAACGGGCUCAAAGAAGGUUGAGAAAGAGGAUUGGGGCACCUAGAUCAACACGUAAUAUUAGGCGACAACUUUUCACUCCCAGAUCUGCAACAGGCAGGCUCAAUCAAGGAGACCAAUGGAGGAAAAGCAGCAUAUUUGGCAAAUACCAGGCCACUCUAUUUAGAGCAAGUACAAGGUUCCUAACCCGGAAGGAAAGGGAGAAGUGGAGAAAGAGGCAGAGGAAUAAGAAAAACAUGAAACUAGCUACAAGUUUUUCAAAUGCAUUGACUGGACUACAACCAAAACGUAAGGCAUCAGCAAAGUAUCAGUUAUCUGACUGUUUGGAGAACAGUUCUGCCACCGGUUCUGUUGACCAAACUCAGGAGCCUGUGGAUGUACCCAAAGAGCAGAACAUUUGCUCUAAAGCCUGGAGUCCUGAGACGCUAAAGGAAUGCCGGGUUUUUCUGAGGAAGAUCAACUCUCCAGACAAUGAAUCAACUGAGGAAGAGUGCGACUCCUGUACUGUGACACUGGAUGAUGGGUCACUUUCUGCAUACCUCUUUGCAGGAAGGGAGAGAGAACUGGUAGGAGUUGUUAAAGCUGUGAAAACUGAAAGAAAAAGGAGCAUGAAGAGGACUGCCUCAAGAGAGCUUGCAGGUUCUGCAACUAAAUCAGUCCAGGAGCAGGAUGAGAUGCCAGUGGGGAGGCAGAAAGGCAAGUACAAAAGUCCCGGGGUUGUGUCUACUGAACCACCACAACCACCACCAGCGAAAAUGUUGAGACAAUCGCGAAUGAGGGGCCUAACCGGACCGAGAUGGUGCGACUUUGUGUUGGAAAAUUAAGGAAGCGUGAGGUCUCAUCCGACCUGGGAAAGGGACUGUGGUUUAACGUGGUGCCUUUGGACAUUGAGCUGACCACAUGGACUGACCAUCCCACUAUGGUUCAGUCUUACACUCAGCAAUUAUGUAGCAGUCUAACUUAACAAAAGCUUGAUGUUGCACUAUUUUUAUCCAUGGAUAUGUACCGUAUGUACAGAAUGUUUUUUUUUUUUUUUUGUCAACUUGCCUUUGUCUUUCUGAACCUGUAUAGUAGAUCAAAUCAUUACGUCAAACAGAGUUUUAAUGGGAUAAGUGCUUAUACAGUGAGCCCUGUCAAGAGUGGCUGUAUUGGAAGGAGAGACAAAGCUUGACUGCAUUAAGACUGCCAUCUCCCCCCUAAAAAAUACCUCAUUAUCAAGGCCGGCACUUCUUUCUGACAUUUACCUUUUUCUGUAAAUCUUUAGCUAAAACUAGUAACAGCUUUUAAUACUUUAAGUUAUCUCCACCAUAGACGUGUACAGCUCUAAAAUCCCCCAUCAUUAAAUGUUUUAUUUAUAGUCACUUUGUAACUCUUUAAAUUCCAAAUUGUUUUGUAUUUUAGAUUUGAGGAAAGUAUGUUGAAAUUUACUGACACUCUUGAUCCUAGCCUUGUUUGCAAUAUAUUUCUUUGAUGCUUUAGUCACUGAAUUGCAAGCCAGUAGCCAAAAAUGCGGUUUGAAUGAAGGAAUCUACCAAACCCCAUCUUUAUCCCAAUCGCUGUUAGGCCUUUUCCACCAACAGGGAACCGGCUCUGUUCUGCACAACCAAAGAGGGUGUGUUUGUUUCUACAGGCCGUUGUGCAUUUUAUGGCGCCCGCUGUUGAUGAUGCACUCUUGAUUACAAUGGUUCUGCUCAAAACAGGCUGGAAAUGCAGGCUGGUUCGCUAGAUAGCACAAAGGUUGAACGGAACUAGAGAUAAUUUGGUGGAAAAACACUAUACGUGUAUGGGCCCCAACUAGAAAAUGUCCAAACCAAAUAUUUUAUGUCAUGAUUUCUUUUUCAUUAUUUUCCAUCAAUAUUUGCAAGUCUUGGCACCAAACUGCAAUUAGCACAAACAUACAUGUUCUAAAUGACUUUAUUAUUCAACCCCAACAAUCCCACAAAAUGUAGAGGUAUAUGUGAAAUGAAGAAUAUGGCAUUAUGCAGUUGUAGACAGUAGACUCUGAUUCAUUUGUUGGUUUGUGGGAUCGUAUCUUUUUUUGCGAUUUGUCUUGUUUUCACCCAAAGCAUAUACUGUACGUUGGUGUCAGAUCUCCUUCUUGCACUAUUCCAUCUGAGAUUAUUAAUCCUACUACACAGAUUCCUCCCCCCAUAUUUUGCACACCCCAUGUCCCACUUCCAAACCCUACUGUAAAACUAGAGAAUAUAUUUGGUGCAAUACAAACCCAGAUGAUUUAUCAGUAUGUAGUAAUUAUUUUAUUGCUGACAGACGAAUGGAUGUACGCAAGUACCGUUGGCCUGGGAUGUUACUUCAGUUGUUUCCAUAGCCAUGUAAUGUGAUCUUAAAAGACACUGCUAUACAAACUGUAUUUUUUCCCACCUGCUUUUUUUCCCUCCUCAAUGAAGCAGAAAAAUUAUAGAUCCUUAAUUGUAAUAAUAGCAUUGAAUAUUUUUUACCAUACUAGCAUAAUUUACUGUUUAAAUGCAGGUGGGAAUUGUGUUGCUGUUAAGGUUUCCUUCGUUUUUAAUCAAUUUGCAGCAAGACGCCUACCUCCCCUGCGGCUCAGCUAGGCCUACUGCUCUUUUGCUUAUCAACCGUGUGCUAGACAAGGCCAGACAAAUGAUCGAUAAACACUAAUCUUGGAUCAAUAUCAUGUUUUCCUGCCCUCUAAAAGAUCCAAGUUGUCUGGCUGUAGGUCAAAACUUAAACCUGUAGUGUGUAUUGUGUGUCUGACUACCCUUGUAUGUGUCACUAUGGUUGCCAUUUCAACACAAUGGCGGUGAGGUGGCUCGGUCUUGUGAUAAAUAAUUAUCAGCCCUCUGUUGAAGAACCUGGUGCUAAACAUCUGUUGUAUAUUUUCUUUAUUGUGUUUUUAUACUGUCCAUUACAGAUGCAACAAAGAGGUAUCUGUGAUCGGAACAAUAAAGAGUCUUUUGAAAUAA